UAUCUCAAGCAUGUAUGCACCUGUAAUCAACCUCAGUCAUUGCGAGAAAACGUGAGAAGACCUUUAAUAUUUUGAUCAGUACAACUACUGAAAAGCCUUGUCAUUGGACGCCUUACCAAUUUCAUCAUUAUACAAUAACUGUCAGAAAUUGUUUAAUCAUUUACCAGUAAGUCUAAAGUCCUAAAAAUAUUGACCUGCAUUCGGCAGAAGAGGACAAAUGAACACUACCACAAUAUCUUCAAAGACCUUCUUUUUAACACCUAAUACCAUUAGCCAAAAGGAUAAAAAAUCACAUACCACAGGGCUAGAUGAUACCGCAAUACUACACAUUAAAAUCAAAGUUACCGAAAUGUCGCUCAAGAAAAAAGCUCAAUACCGCAAUACGUUAAACCCCCAUGUCCCUCUCUUGUUUUUGUUGUUUUUUUCUUUGGGAGGGGGGAUUAGGGUUAAAAUGGAAGAGCCGUCUUCAGUUAUUGACAUUAAUAUUUCCUAUUUUUUUUGUUGUUAACAGAUAGCAGAAAUUUACAGCCAACUUGAAGACUGUAUCUUUUUAAUGUCACAAAAUUAAAAAUGUUUCAAUAUUGAAAGUAAAUUUAGCUGAAAAUGUUGUAUAACUAAGCUACUAGUUAGAUAUAUCACGUGCUAUCAGAAGGCCUAUGAAAGAUUUUAAGUCUUAAAGUAACCUACAGUAACAAUAGUUGGAUAUAAAUAUAUCAACACAUUUACAAAAAUACUAAGACAUUUAUGAUAUUGUGCUAUUUAAACGUCAUAAUGAUGUCAUGAAGGUGUUGUAUAUGUAUACCACUUGUUUUUCAUCUAAUCUUUCUUGUAACUUGUUAAAAAUUCGUAGUAAUUCCUCAACCUAAUUUUUAGAUGAAAAUGCUGUUUCAUUUGCUCAAGCAGAGAAGCUAUAUUAUGAAACAUCCCUCAUCAAUGUUAGCAAUGAAGUUCAGCAAGAACAGGAAGAGCCGUCUGGUGGGUUCAGCAUGCAAAGAAAGUCGUGUCCGAUAGCCUGCAAGUAGUAUAUUUUGCUAUCAGGCUAGUGAAUUCUGUUCUUAACUUGCACAAUACUAGGCAAAUGAAUUUUUUUAGGAAAUUCACAUCAGAGAAGCAGGCGUGGAUCCAUUUCUUUUACCACCGUCUUACAGAAAUUGGUCAGAUUUUAUCAUAAUAAAUAUAUUUUUAGUAAAAAACUUUAAUCUUUCCAAGUUGAAAUCUGGAUAAUGGUUUGGACAGUCAGUAAAUAUCCUGUUUGAAUGACUCAGAAACCCCGGAAAGGGGACUUUGGGGAGUUAAAAUCCAAAAAAUAUCCCAGGGGACCAUGCCCCUUAAUCUCCCUAGAAGUAGGAAUUCGGUCAGUAUUUACUCUAGAUCUGCAACUGAGAAGAACUGUAACCAAUCCUGCUCAUCAAGAAAAUGUUUUCGGGCUAAUUAAAAUGACUCUUAGCCUAGUAUGUGUUAGCUUCAGCUUGCCCAAAUGUUUGAGCUUUAAAACUGGCUUUCUCUGCACACUGGGUUUACAACUAUUAAAAACUCAUCGUUGCAAUUUGUCCCGUGCACCAUCGCCAUUACAAGACAUCACCUUUUUCACCCUUCAUCAGUUAUCAGCACAAGGGAAUGAUUUUGUUUCUUCGUUUGUUUAUUUCUUUGCACCAGGUUUUAAAGGUAGUACUGGUAGUGUUGUACAAGAAAAGAAUACAGAAGACAAACUAACGCAGGUUAGAUUCGUGGCUGUUUUCAAUGCUGUAGUGUACGAGUAAGUUUUUUUUAAUUAUUAUUUUUACACUAGGAUUAUACUUUUCUCUUAUUUUUAGCCCGAUACCAAAGACGAUCCACAGGGAAACUCAGCUGAAGCUCGUUCAGCAAACGAAUAUGAGAAACUGGCGCACAUGUGUUUGAAGCAGAAAAAGUAAGUGAUGUGUGAUUUUAGAAGUUCCCGAUGACGUGACAAGAAAGAAGUUGAGAGUCAAGAAAGAACAGUAUUUGCUGACAAGGGAACGAAAUGACUGCAAUCUUGUUCAGAAAGUGUUGAAAAUUUUGCACUUUCUUAUCCACAGAAUGCCUAUCCCGCGGAUUUGGUACCGCUAUGACCCCUCCCCUCGCCCCAACCUAGUCAAAGUUGUUUAGUCGGGAUCAGAAAUGGUGCAGCGUGACUUCAAGAUUGUUUCUUUUUCCGGUGGAAGGGGCAGUAUUUGUAGUUGCUAGUGCUUUCAAGAGCUUUAUCUUGAAACUGGACAUGGUAACGUCCAUUUUUCUCAACAUUUUAGUUCUCCUCUCCAUUUCACCCCUCAUUCGCGCGCGGGCGUUUUCGAAAUGUUUCUCAUCGCCCUAAAAAAAAAUAUUGCCUUGAUGAAUUAACUCGACAAUCAUCGUGCAAUGUUUAUCGUGCUCACAGUCAGGUUAUUUGUUAUUUCUGAAAUUAACUUUUCAUUUCUUUAUUCUUUUUGCAGUGCUCAACUUGCGCUGGAGUAUUGUGGUAAGGUAAGAAACUUCUCUCGGUUGUGUAAUUGGACGGUCGAACCGCUGUUCUCAACGGCCACACCCAGCAUGCAUUUGCCACGGCCAACUCAGCGCAACAGAAACAGCCAUAUUUUUUGUAUAAAAUAAAUUUUUCUGUGGUUAAUUAACAUAAUUUAACACGUGAACUCGACCAUAUGAUAAAACCUCAAUUUUAAUUUACUACCGGUACAUAUGGAAUGGGCUAAAUCCCUUAAAUCGAUGUAGCGAGUAGUUGUGACUUUGAAAAAAGGUUUUAUCUUCGUCGUUGUUCAUCUCGCCAACCAUAGGUUUUUAGGUGGUCGGUAAAACACCCUCACCUUUGGUCUAAUAUCCCAUAAAAUCAAAGUUUUGUUACAUUUUUAUGCUGCAUUGCAUUUAUCUGAAAGUUCAGCUCUUUAGUGCCCCAUAAAAAGCAUACUGAAUUGACGCGAUUGUCUGAAAAAUUCACUAGGCUGUCAAACUACGGCAAUCAAUCUACGGAGAAGCACAUCCAAUAACGAAACGAACAUUGGAUCUGUUUACUGUCAUAUAUGCGGAGAUGGGAAAGGAACAGUACUCGGGUAAGAGAAUUUGCGUUUUGCCAUUUUCUUUAGCCUGCGAGCAAGCUCUUCUAGGAAAGCUUGCCAUUACGUUUCCGGAAUUUGAAUUCCACCUCCAGUUCCCUGUGGCUCCUCGUGGACUGAGCUGUCAGAUUUCCGCCAAUCAGCGCGAAACGGAAACGAGCGCGAAUGUAAAACAAACAUUGAAAAACACGUGCUAAGGGUAAUGACGUCAUUACUAAUGUCAUCUGCGCCAAUCAGCAUUUCGCAUGGACUUUUUUGAUGCAUAUAUAUAUUUAUAUAAUAUGCUGUGUAUAUUUAUUUGGAUAUAUCCAAAUUCCAGAGACGUAGUUGCAAGCUCUCCUUCCUUUUCCCUUCCCGCAGCCAGAGCGCCCCGGAGAGCUUGCUCGCAGGCUAGAUUUGCUUCUACGGGACAGACCAUUAGAAACCUUAUUAGAGGGGGGGGGGGAGGGGGUCGGGCGAAGUAACAAAAAAAUAUUCGCGCGGGGGAAAAUUCAUGCAAGCCAAUUAAUCCUAAGAAAUAUUCAUGCUAUGGCCUAAAAAAAAUUCAUACAAGGAAUUUGAUAACGAAAAAAAAUUCCUGCAGCUCAAAAUCCCCUCCCCAUAACGUUUCUAAUGGUCCGUCCCUAAUAUCAGUUAUAUAGCAGGCGACGAUUGAUCGUUUUUAUGUAGGAGUAUCAUAAAUGUUCUCAAGAAUACGUUAACGACGAUUACGUCAUAGGGUCAUUGCCCCUGAAGACCCGGGAGUACAAAGAACGAAAAAGUAAAGAACUUUCAGUUGAAAAACGUGGUUAAAAUAUUAGAUCAAAUCUCAAUUUGCCUUUUCAGCGUGCGUACGGAACAAAUGCCCAAUAAUGACGUUUUAUCACUAAACGCCCGGCAAGAGUUGUUCAAAAGAUGGAUAGCGCUAUCCACCGGAUAAAUCACUAUCCAGUGAAUAAGUAUUAGGAAGUCGUGAAUCGCGCUAUCUAGUGGAUAGAGAUUUAUCAAGUGGAUAGCCUUAUCCACCUUUUGAACAACUGGGUCGAGAAGGAAAUUAAUGGGUAAUGAUGACGUUGCGUUUUAAUAAGUGCCUAUAUAUAAUUUAUGCAAAAUUACACGUACUCCUGUUGUUAAUUAUAAGCUAUCAUGACGUUUAGAUGUUGGCCCUUCAUUCUUUUUAUCAAUUUAAAGGGGACGUCAAAAAAUCCACACUGUUCGCUCUGAUUGUUUUUUGUUUUUUACUUCUUCUUCUUCGAUGGUGACAUAUUCAACAAAAUAAUUUUAGAUUUUUGUUAUCCUUGAACCUAAAAUCAAAUCUGGAAUUGCUAGCUAGUACUUUAUUAGUGAUACAAGGUUAACGGUAGCCUGCGAGCAAGCUCUCCAUCUAGGGACAUCGUGAGAUGUCACGCGCGAUAGGAGACGCGAGAUCAUUUCUUUGCCCCUUACGGCUACGCCACUCACUACUGAGCAAGUUCUCGCACGGCUCGCUUUGUUCGACACUCAAGUUGGAGAGCUUGCUCGCAGGCUACAGUAACAGCAUCUCGAAUUCCUUUCAGCUGCCAUGCAGAAAUUUAAUGAAACCAAGGAAUCUAGCGAGGAAAACGCUGACAACACUGCACAACCUCCUCAAACAAAAAUAUCAACUGCGGAAAACUCUGAAGGAGAUGUAAAGUCGUCAGCGGAUUCAAGACAGAGCCCUGUUGGGGAGUCUCACCAGGGGGAACCCAGUGCGGCCACGCCCGAUGCACAGGACAACCAAGAAAACAGUACGUAGAGAAAUUACGUCCUGCUAAAGACACUUCAUACUCUGCACUCCUGCCAUCGUCAAGAGUGCAACUACUUCUUACCUUCCACUUACUUUAGAAACUUCCAUUUCGAAACCAACUCCUCUUUUAGCGUUUUUUUAGAAUUUUCUUCCUACUCGCAGGAGUUAGAGCCGCAUUUUACAAAACUGUAGACAAAACGCAUCAUUCUGCGUUUCUGGAAACUGCCCACCUACCCCUCCCCUAAGCCAACAUUAACAUUCACUUCUCACUUAGGGCAAGAUGUUGGCUUAGGGGAGGGGUAGGUGGGCAGUUUCCCAGUCAAUUCCUCACAGUAGGCAGAUUUAGUAACGACAGUGACAACAGCGCGCGCAAAUCAAAAUCUGGCUUGAACAAUGGCAGAGCGGCAAAUAGAACACCAGAGAGCGGGUUUAAUCCUUUCUUUGCUCUUUGGCGUUGCCAUUUGAUGUUACGUUGUCUUUGAUAAAUCUGCCUGCGUAAGUGUCGAAUGCGUCACACUUCAACUCCACAGGCUUGAAGGCUAGACUACCAACAACGUAUUGCACAACUGGUUUAAGGCAUGCUAAACAGUACCACAGGGAAACAGCAGCCAAUAGUUUUUUCCUGAGUACUUGAUAGCAUUUGUACAUUGUAAUCUCCUCCAUAUCCGAAAAAACAGAAGAAAAACAAAGAACUCUAUUAAAGGACUGUAUGCCCUCUUUUCUUGCAGGCUACAAAAUUGGAAUCACUCCUGGUCAAGCUAUGUUUUGUUUUUUCCUUCUGACAACAGCAGUAGCAAUUUGCGUGACCUUACUUUGUUGUCAUGUAAGUGGCACGGACCCCCUGACAACGUACAAAUACAUUGUGACGCGGCUCAAAUUUUAUUAUUACUAUUAUUUGAGACGGGCACCUUCAGGAAACAAAUACUUCUGA